UUGGUAGCAGUUCAAAAUCCUGACGCGUCAGUGACAAAUCCUGAUGCGUCAGGUGCGGAUUUCAAAAGGAUUUUUUAGGAGUUUUUGCGAUUUUCAAGAAAAGGGAUAUGAAGAAGAGUUCAACAAUCAGAAUGUCCAUGUUUUGCCCAGACGAUCCAACAACACCAUUUGGAAUGAUGGACAGAAAUGUCACCACCAGAAGGAGAGGUCCAAAGUCCAGCAAAAAGAGUGCAAGCUCCAGUAAGCUGUCACUGCGCCGACCGGAGCCGGUAGCCGGCCCUCCCUCCGACCAGGAGAACGCGCCGCCGCUGACACCGCGCCGCCAGGGCCGCCGCCUGUUCUCCCAGCCGGAGAUUGUCGAGAUCGAGCCGGUCGCCGAGCCGCCGCCGCCCCCGCCGCCGCCCGUGGGUCUGCCGAAGGCCCGGCCGCCUCUCAGACCGACGGUCGUUCAGCAGAGUAACACACAGGAGUCGGGACUGAUGGAGGGAUGUCGACGAAAGGAGGCUCCCGAACGAUUCGCGGCACCACGACUGUGUGAAGAAGCUGAGGAGAGGAAGCUGGAGACGGACGCUCUACUGCAGAAAAUGACAGAGAUGUCGCUGUCAGAGGCGCCCGCGCCCCGUGGUGCCGUGGAUGGUGGCGAGCAGUCAACGGCAACUCCAGCAGAUGAGGAAGCGGACACAGUCGAGAUGGCUGACAGAAUACCGGCGGCGGCCGAGUCUUCGGAUUGCAGGUGUACGCGGGCACCACCACGGCGGUCGGGGUCAUAUACGGCACCGGGCCAACCGACAGACGUGCCCUCUCCCACCAGAAGUGAGUCACGGAGCGUGGAGAACCCGGUACCAGUGACCGCGGCGGAGUCCGAGCCACGCCAGCCAUCCUCAGACUCUUUCGUCUCAGCGGCGUCUUCUCCCGUGGUGGGUCGACCGGCCGCCGCCCGCACUCCCGCUGUUCGCGCCGCUCCUCCGGCCAUAGCUGCCUCCCCUGUACCCGACUCUGUCAGACGCUCUGACUCUGACUCUGACUCCGGUUCCGAGCGCAGUCUGCCCUACUUCACCCCUCGGCGUCCGGCGCGGCACCGAGCGCCUGCCGCCGUCCAGGAGAACUCCAGUUCGUCGGACGAGGCCAGCGAAACCGGCGGCGGCAGGCAGGCGCCGCUGCUGACUCGAGCCCUGCGCCGACUGCCAGCCACCACGUCCACCCCUGCGCCGGGUGUGACGGCUGGCUGGCGGCUGGACGCCACUGGGAUGCCCUCACCGGUAUUGGAGGCAGAUCCGACGCCGUCGCCGCCUCUUGCGCGGCUGAAUAAGGUAGGGUUACCGCAGAAGGCUGAAGGGGUGCUGCCAGGUGGUGUGGCGUCUAAAGCAGGCGGAGAGAGACAUGGAGCGAACACCGCCGCGGAACAGUCGCGAGCGGGCUCGUCUGUCAUCAUGGGGGAGUACCGGAGAGGGGCAGCUCCCGCCGCGCAGCGCACGCUCGCGGAGGAGACCUCGGAGGAUUCCUCGCCGUCGGUGGAGCUGGUGACCGCGCCCGCUCGCCGGCAGAAGACAGCGCGACCGGUCGAGUCGUCACCAUCACCAGUCAGGGAGCCGCCCCCGCCGGCGGUCAGGCAGCCUUCCCCUUCUCCGCCGGUAGCCGUCCCGGCAGUGGCGGCCCGCGCUCCCCUGCGCGCCCCGGCGGCGGGAGGAGGGCGGCCGGCGGCGUCACCGGCGGCCCGUCCGCCGCGACUGCCGCCCGGAGUCUCGGCGGCCGUGGACGUGGCGCGCUGGCUGGAGGAGAGUCCGCUGCUGUCGGCCGUCUCGGAGGAGUCAGAUGUGGUAGUGAUCGACUCGGACCACGAGUGGGACGACUCGGACCUGCUCAGCGUGUCUGAACGCGCCGCCGCCGCGCUGGUGGAGCCCGACUCGGGCCUCGGGCCGCCGCCGCCGCCGCUCAGGAGCGGCCGGGUGCGGCCAGAGAGGUCGCCACAGGCGCCGCCGCCGCGCAACCCUCGUCGCCAGUCGUCCGGCUCGUCGGCGUCAGAGGACGAGCUCGAGAAAUUCAAACGCCAGUUUGUGACCCCUCGAAAGGCGCGCGAGCCGUCACCGUCCGAUGGCGAGGACAAUUUCAUUGACGACGGCUCGAUCAGCUCGGACGACUCCAGCUACCAUCGCGCUGUGGCUACCGACUCGGCCGCCAGGCGAACACCACGUGUGAACCCCCAGAUUCGGGCCAGCGAUGAGUCUCUGGAGGCUGCCGAGACGACUCCCGAGGAGCAGCCAUUCCUGCCUCCUCCACCGAGACAGGUGCGUCGACGGCCGGCGGGCUCGACGCGUCCGACCCCCACCCCGCAGAAGGGCGGCACGCUCAGCUUCAUGUCGUCGCUGGCUUCUCACCUAGUGGAAGGCGCCCGGCGACACCCAGAGGCUGCAGCGUUUGUCGGCAAGUUCAAGAGCCGUCGCCUGGAGCUGGCCAGGAGGCUGUUUGACAUGGUGAACUCGGAGGUGUUUGACAGCAAGCUGCCCCCCGACAUGGAGAUCAAGUUCAACAAGCGGAUGCUGCGCACGGCCGGCUAUUGCUACAGCCGACAGGCGGUGUCCGCGGGCCCGGACGGCGCCGCCGGCCGCUCAGCGCGCGUCGAACUCUCCGAGAAGGUGGUGGACAGUGCCGAGCGACUGAGGGACACGCUGGUGCACGAGCUGUGCCACGCGGCCGCCUGGGUGGUGUCCGGCUACCGGGGCGGCCACGGUCCCGUGUGGCGCGGCUGGGCGGCGCGCGUGCAGCGCCGCUUCCCAGAGCUGCCGCCAGUGACGCGCUGCCACAGCUACCAGAUCCACUGCAAGUACACCUACCGCUGCACCGGCUGCGGGUACAGCUUCGGCAGACACUCCAAGUCGCUGGACGUGACGAGGAAGGUGUGCGGCCGCUGCCGGGGCGUGUUCGAGUGCGUCCUGACGGCGCGCCGGGGCGAGGAGGGCGGUGGGGGAGCGACCCCGGCCACACCGCGCGCCGCCGCGCCGUUCGCUCUGUUUGUGAAGGAGCACUACAGCGCUAUGAAACGCUCCGCUGGCACCGGCACCAAACAUGCCGAUGUGAUGCGACUGCUCGGACAGAAGUUUGCGGAGACCAAAAUCAGUCAGGCUAAAGCGAAGGCGACAGAAUGCGAGGACUUUUAGCGGGUGGAUACGAAUUCGUGGAUUGACGUUGCAAUUCGACUGACGCAAUGAAAAUGACUCGAGACGAUCGGCCUACGAAACACGAUUGGCCGUUUGCUCACGACCGAUACGAUCGCAGAUACGAUUUAUAUCACUCACCGACUCGAUCUAUGUUUUGGAUAGAUCAUGCUUUUGGGUUCUAUUGGGACCGAUUGUAAUUCGGUUCGAUCUUUUUUACCGACCCGACAUAACGACUGAUUGUUUCAUAGCACGUAUCUUAUUUUAUAAAUGAAAAUUACCGUCGGUCAUAUAUGUAUUUGACUCUUCUUAUAAUUAGCCGUGUUUUGUAACGUAAGGGUAAUAUUUUGGUGAUCGUCAUGGUCAUAGGGGGUUCUUGACAGAGUAACGCCGUAUCACCCACCUUCACCGCUCUAUUUCUUCCGUAGACUGUGCAUGUGUGCCUUUGUGUGAGCGCGGUCAUGUUUGAGUGUGCAUUUGUGCUUGAUACGGCCUUCACUGCCAAAUGGGGUCUUGGGGUGUGUAAAAAGUGUGGCCCUGUUGGCACUAGUAGGUGUGUCGUAUGUACCACAAGGCGCCCUAUCAGCGGAGCAGUGUCGUUUAGAGCGACUUUACUGCGAUCUCGAGAAGCCAGUGACUGUCGCAUAUCAAAGCUCGGCUGUUUUGACAAGGCCGCGCAUUGCCCUAGCUCCAGCGACUCGGGGGAACUUGCCUGUGUGCGAUGUUCGUAUAAGUUUACGACAUUGCCAUCAAACGCUAGACAACGCGUAUGAUUGAUACCUGUUUUAUGAACGAAAGUGGAAACAAAUUUAUGACAAGUAAAUUAAAUGAGACAUCGAGUUUUAUUUUUUGUGACAUAUCAACCACCGUCGACCGUUAUCCCUACUCAAUCUGUAUUUGCCUGCAGCGUUCUCCAUCCUCUAUUAUUUAUUGGAAUACUAUUGGACUUUUAGGCUAUGUUGCUGAAGUGUGCUGAUGUCGAAAUGCUCUCAUGGUGGCUCCUGUGCUGGGAUAUAAAGCUGCUGUUUUGUAAAUACAACUUUCCUAGUGGAUAAACGAAA